UAACAACCCAUAUGGUUAAAGGUAACACUCAAUUUGGAUUUCGUUUACCUUUCUCACGUUUUUUUAAAUGGCCAGAAAGUCAUGAAUAUGAUUUAUAUAAAGAGACCAUUGAACUUUCAACAUUACAUAGGAACAAAUUUAAAUCUUUUAAGAUAAUAGGCUCACAUAAAUUUAUUGAUAAAAAUAUUUCUAAUUUAACUUGGUGUGAUAUAUGUGGUGUGACCAUUUUCGGAAUCAAUACUAAAGCUAAUAUGUGCAUGGACUGCAAUUAUACUUGUCACACGGCCUGCAAAUCUAACUCGUUCCUUCCAUGUGAACCCUCCGAUAAGUCUGCAUCGACAAACAACGUUGAUAAUUUCCAAAAUUUUACACAAGAAAAAUUCCACUAUGCCGUGCUAGAAAAAGAAAAUUGCAAUGGGUCGCACCAAUGCGUCAAAUCCCAAAUGGCCGAAUCCUUUCAAAUCGAUGAUAAUUUACUAUCAAGCCCAUCAUGGCAACAUUUUCCCGAUCACCAUUUAAACCAAGACACCAUGCAAAAAACAGUUUUUAUAGUGCAGGAACAGCCGGCCUCAAACUUAGCUCCUAACGUAUCCAUAAAUAUCAUGCAAAGCGAUCUUGAUACAAAUGAUUUCGAUAAAGUACUUUACGUUAGAGAACAAUUUAAGAAAAAUCUUAUUCAUACGCACAAACGUUCCAACUCAGAAUCAUGCUUAUCACUACUUCCCAAUAAUUAUCGUCCUCCCUCUUUCACUCAUUCCCUUCUAUCUUCCGUUCAUUCCUCGAGAACCUCUAUUUUAUCGACUGCUAAUUACUACCACGAUCCCGGCACGAUGCUCAAUUUUUCAAGCUGCCACUCUUUAGAAGAGCCCGUCAGAAGUCUGCAAUCUUUGAACGAUUUACAAUGCUUAGAUUACGAUGAAAUCAUGACUCAUUCCUAUGUUAGUUUCGAUAGAGCCGAUGACACCCCUAUUCUGGAGGAAGGGGUAGAUAAUUCUUACGAUUGCAUGCAUUUAGACCCCUCUACACCGGAUUCUUUUGAGCACGACGACAGUUCUGUAAAAAAGGGAUCUAAAGGCUUGUAUAUAACGAUAGGCUUUAAUUUGCUGAGACCUAUAAACGUUUUAACCGAGCUUAAACACCAAACUUCCGAAGAAAUUAUCAAUACAUCCUUACGUUUCGAUCAUCAACAAAUGGACCAGUCUAUGAAUUCUAUAGAUGAUUCCGGUUAUGACGGGGUAGUAUGCGAAAACGCAGCAGCGGAAUAUUCAACAUUUUUUCUCCCUUCCAACAUUACGAAAUCGAUUUUUAUCACAGAGAAAACAACAGCACUAAAUGUGAUAAUAAAGUUUUUAUUCAAAUUUCGCAUCGUUGACAACCCCCGCAAAUUUUAUCUUCAUGAAAAAAAAGUUUCCCCUUCUACCGGAAAAGUUUACCUCAGGAAAAUAGCAGAUACCGAAAAAUUAUACUACAUAGCAGAUAUGCAUCGGCUGACAAGCGUGCAUAAGAGUAAAAGUGAGGAUUGCGCACAUAUUCCUGAUACGGCAUUUGUCUUAAAAGAUCACAUUGAAUCGGAAAUAUUAUGGGAUUCAUUUAGCAUUCCGGAGUUGCACAAUUUUGUCAAAAUUUUAGACCAAGAAGAAAAAGUGAGCAUAGACAAUAUCAAAAAAACAUAUCUAAAAAAAUACCAGGCAUUAAAACAACUUAUGACAGUAUAAUAGACGGUGAAAUAAACAAAUCUUUUUAUUUAAUUUUUUUUAUUGGUUCAAAAUUGCUUUUAAAUGUAAAAUUGUAUAAUCUAUUAGGCGAUAUUUUGUAAAAUUCAAUCAAGAAUCACUUAUAUUUAAUUAUUUAUUAUUGAAUUUAUAAACUAUAUAGCGCUAAUGCAUUCACUUCU